AUGGACACACCUAUAUAUCCCAGCCCUUACUCUCUUGAGAUAUUAGUGCUUCAGGGCGAUCAUAGGUCCGCCUAUAUAUGGAAGGGAGAGUUACUGUCCCAGAUUCUCCGUGCUAGGAGCGUGGACGACCUGUGGGAUUUUCUGAGGCACAGAGAUCUCCACGAGCGUGUAGUCCAUCGCCUCCAGGAUACGGGAUUCUAUAGGAUUAUUAAGAUCGGGCGGAUACAGGUUGAUUGGGCUUUGAUCACGGCAUUAAUUGAGCGGUGGCGACCAGAGACACACACUUUUCACCUGCCCAUUGGCGAGGCUACUAUCACGCUGCCACAAGACGAGACUGCAUCGUCGGGUGCUAGUCGGUUGACUUUGACCCCUAUUAGACAGUACCUGGAGGUACUCCACCCCGAUAUCAUCGACGAUACAGUGGAGCUGCUAGAUGAGUUACCCUAUUACAACUGGGGUGUUGCUGUUCUUGGCUACAUGUAUAGGCAGAUGUGCCGGGCGAGCAUGAGUACCCGAAGAGAUUUUCAGCCACCUCGACCACAAUUACCUCAUAAUGUAGCACCUCCGUUUCUCCCUCUAGCCCGGAGGGAUGUGUUGGAUCUGCUAGAGGGCGCACAUUUCAUUUGGACGCCAUACAAUGACGAUUUGAUAGCUUCCCUGCCAGCUUAUUACUCGGUCGACCGAUUGAUUUGGAGCACUUCUGCCCCACUCAUAUGCCUCGAUAUUGUGGAGCAUCAUGCCUCGGAGUGGGUACUUCGGCAGUUUGGCCGCCCGCAGUAUAUACCGAGGGGGCCUAUAUGGGAACCUACACAUUAUCAGAGGGAUGAUCGUUACAGGGCGGACGAUGCAUUUACGGCAUGGUUAGUAGCGCAGAUACAUAUUUGGGACCAUCGAGAUCAGAUGAAUCCACCCCCACCUACACAGAUCCAGGAGGUGGCUAUUCAGAGGUAUAUAUCCUGGUACUGGCACGUCACCCAAAGUUUUAUCGGGAACCCUAUUCAUCAGGCUAGCGGUCGGUACGUUCCAUACGCCGGGCGACACGAGGCGCUGGCUAUUAGACUACAUACAGUCUAUCAGAUGGGACUGCAGAUGCAGGAUUAUGUCGGCGACCCUGUGGACGCCUUGCAGGAUUACAGCCGUCGAUUUGUAGAGUUGGCUUCCCGGACACUACAGCGAGCCCGGGAGGAUCAACGUUUGGCACACAUGCCUGAUUAUGUGGAGCCAGAGCUGUAA